CUCUCUUCCAUACUUGUAGUUUACACACCCAAAACUUAUGGCUUUUGCACUCAAAUCUCUUUCCCUAUCCUUCGUUUUGCUGCUUGGCUUGCUUCUUCUCCUACAACUCUACGAUGGCCUUAAUGGUGCAGAAACGACCCUCUCCUCUGUCGCUGCAUUGAAAAAAGCCAGCAACAGGAAGUUAUUGGUGGUGAAUGAUUCGCGAGCAAAGGAAGCAGUUUUCAUGAUUCAGGGGAAGAAAGAGGAAGAGGAGGGUUGGGAACUAAGGGCAGCUCCGUUAGGUCCGGACCCUCUUCACCAUCAUGGUGCUGACCCAAAGAAGCCACGAACUCCUUAAGCCAAAAUGAUGUCUUUUUACUUAAGAGUUGAGACAAUCUUUUUUGGCUGUUAAGUUGCAGAUUAUAUAUAUAAUAUAAUAUAAUAUAUACAUGCAAUGACGAUUGGCGACGGACUUUAUGGAUGAAGUUUUUUGUUGGCUUUUAUUUUUUGUUUUGUUUUGUGGUUUUGAUCAUGUGAAGUAUGUAUAGCAGCAUCUUGUGGGAGUUGUAAUGUUUAAGGUUUUGUAAGUUUGUUUAUGGUAUGAAGUAAUAUAUGUUCAGAAGAAAACAAAA